GAAACUUAUAGCCUACAGCAGAUGGAGAGAGGGGCAGAUGAUAGAUAUAUAGAUAGAUAGGCAGCAAGGUAGAAAGGUAAUAAAAAAGAAAGAGAGGCAGCAUUUUGUGAGACUGAAUACAUUUAAUGUCAGCAUGGUAUAAGCUGUUUAAUGGAACUGAGGAAGGAAAAAGACGGAACCGUAAACAGGUAGAUUUCAUCUACCGUAGGAGAGAUCAGAUUUUACCUUUUCUCUUUGGAAAACAAAAGUUCUCAUCCUGGAAAACAAUUAGGAGUGGUGGAGAUGUCGCGCAGGAAGCAGAGAAAACCUCAGCAGCUCAUUUCUGACUGUGAUAACUCUACCUCUUCAGAGAAUGGAGAUACGGCUGGUGAAGAAGUGCAAGUCUGUAGAAAAUGUUGUGCUCAAUUUGAUGAACCCUCUGACUUUGCCAGACACAAAGAACAUUGCCCUUUUAGCAGCCAGGUUGUUGUGAUAGUUGAUAACCAAGAAGAACUUUUAAAGAAUCAACAGGCCAGUAUCAGUGAGGGAUUCAAUUCGAUACCAUCAAGCCCUGAGUGCAAUAGGACUGCACACAAAACACUGGUGACAGAACAACAUGACAGUACAGGCAUAAUUGGUGCAACAGCUCAGGAUCUGGGCAAGAACCCAGUAGGUCUGUCUCAAGGUUUCCUGUUUCCCAAUGGGAGUUUGAUCAUGGAUGGACUGUCUGGACCAAAAUUUGGAUUGGCUCCAAUGAAUCAGGAAACUGUUGCUGGAGGGCAGGCAGCUGCAGCUCCGAUAAACAUCCCUAUGAUACUGGAAGAGCUUAGAGUUCUUCAACAGAGACAGAUUCAUCAGAUGCAAAUAACAGAGCAAAUCUGUCAACAGGUGCUCAUGUUGGGAUCGCUCACUAUGCCCUCACUGAUUCAGAAUACAUCUCUAGUGGAAGGGUCAAUAGGAAAUAAGUCUACAUCUGCCUUUAAUCCUUCAAAGCAAUCACAACAUUUGGAAGAGUCAACCAAAACAUUUUGUGGGGAUGAUGCCUCAAAGCAGGCUCUUCUUCAUCUCUAUAAUCCUAUGGGACACUCACUCAGUACCAGGACUACUGCAAACGGGAAGGACAAAUUGUUGAGUGGGUUCUCUGAAAAGCAUUCACCAGGACAAACUUCUCUUCCAAGCUCACCCCAGAGUCAGCUAUUAUCACCCCAUGCAAUAUUCCCUCCAGCUUUACCUACUUUGCAGACUGGUCUUUUUUUAGGGACACGUGUACUGGAGCCUGCCCCAAGCUUACUAAAGCAAAAGAACAGUGAUUCUUUACGAGGAGAAAGCCAGCAAGAAAGAGCAUCAGGAAGGCACAAAUGCCGUUUUUGCGCAAAGGUCUUUGGUAGCGAUAGUGCCCUCCAGAUUCACCUGCGUUCUCAUACUGGAGAAAGACCAUAUAAGUGUAAUAUCUGUGGAAACCGUUUUACUACUAGGGGCAAUCUGAAGGUACAUUUUCACAGACAUCGAGAUAAGUACCCUCACAUCCAAAUGAACCCACAUCCUGUGCCUGAACAUUUGGACUAUGUAUUGACCAGCACUGGUCUACCCUAUGGUAUGUCAGUGCCUCCAGAGAAAGCAGAUGAAGAGAUAAUAGAGAAAAAGCCACUAGCACCGCCAGUUUUGGCAACAGACAGUUUAAGUCUUUUCUCCACUUCAAGUAUCCAAGGACUCCCAUCACUUAACAGAAUGGUACUGAUGAAAACUGGUGAUAACAUGCCUUCAUUAAAAGGUCCCAGUGGCUCUACUAAGACAAAGAUAGAUGAAAACACUCCUCCUGGAGAAAGGUCAGAUAUUGGAACAGGCGGUAUUGGUGGCAAAGUGCAACUGAGCAAGUUGGUGACAUCUCUUCCAAGUUGGGCACUGCUAGCUAGCCAUUUUAAAUCUGGAGCAUUGCCUUUUCCUUACGCUGUUGAACCCUUAGGCUACUCAGAGACUUCAAAACUUCAACAGCUUGUUGAAAAAAUUGAUAAGCAAGCUAUUGUACCCAAUCAGUGUGUAAUUUGUCUAAGGGUGCUUAGCUGUCCCAGGGCACUAAGACUUCAUUACAAUCAACAUGGUGGGGAAAGACCCUUUAAGUGUAAGGUAUGUGGUCGAGCUUUUUCAACCAAGGGAAAUUUAAAAGCCCACUUUGUAGGGCAUAAAUCCAACUUAUCUUCAAAACCUCAGAACUCGUGUCCAAUAUGCCAGAAGAAAUUCACAAAUGCGGUGACACUCCAACAACAUAUACGAAUGCAUUUAGGGGGUCAGAUUCCUAAUGGGGAUCUUUCAGAAGUAGGAGAGAGCAAAACAGAAGGACAGUCUGCAAAACUUAAUGCAGAUUUCUCAGAUGAAGUCAGCACUGAUGUUGAUUCAUUAGAAGGCACUGAAUCAGAUGGUGAUAAGACAGCCCUAGUAGACACAGAAAUAUCCAGCUUGGAUGAUGAUGCUGCUGCAAGCUCAACAGACAAAAAAAAUAAUGAAAAUAGUAUCACAAAUUCUAUUGCCAACAUUCAUCCCAUACCACCUAUAUCUAAAGACGCAUCAUCCCCAGAACCAAGUUCAGCCACUGAAACUGUUCCACUCCCAACAACAAAUCAACAAAUGAACAAUGACAAAGAAGAACAAAUGGAGACAAACUUGUGUCCACAAAACAUGAGUACAAAUGAUUUAGUAGAUGAUAAUAACACAGGAAAAAAAGAAGAUACAACGGUGACAAAUAAAUCAGAUGAAAAUCCACAAGAGAUAGAAGCCCACAUCUGCAACCUCUGUUCCGACAAAUUCUCAACUUAUGAGUUACUAGAGGAUCAUGCUAAGACACAUACCAAAGAUGGACUCUUCCACUGUCUUAUUUGCCAGCAGAGCUUCCUGGAGGUAUCCAUUCUGAAGAAACAUGUCCAGCAUGAACACCAGGUGAGCCAAAACUUCCUUCCUCAGGGGGUCAGCAGCCCCAAAUGCCCAGCUGGUGAUUUGCCAACUCUAACCCAAACAUUUCUUCUGAGCUCUGUGAAGAGUGAAGUGGUAAGCCCAUCCCAGAAUUUGGCACUGGUUCAGUUUCCUCGGCUGCCCUCACAUGUCUCUCCUCCUUUGAGGCGCAGCCCUAAACAGCACCUGUGCAUAGUAUGUAAGAAGACAUUCUCUUCAGCCAGUGCUUUACAGAUUCACGAGCGGAUACACACAGGAGAGAAGCCUUUUAUCUGCAAUAUGUGUGGAAGGGCGUUCACCACAAGGGGGAAUUUAAAGGUCCAUAUGAGCACACAUGUGUGGAAUAACGCAUCGUCCAGAAGAGGAAGACGUCUUUCUUUGGAUAACAUUAGUCCUCUCCUGUCUCCAGUAAAGCUGCAGGAUUUCUUAGCUAGAGAUAUACCCACCCAGCUGGUUGGUGUUAGCCCAAUUUCAUUUUGGAACCAAUAUACUGCAUAUCUUACUAGUGGUCCUCUCCCAACAAAUGGUGGAACUGCAGCUGUCAUUUCAUCGCCUACUUUGAUUGGCUUGAGGACAUCCAAAGUAGGAAAUAUUCCUGUUGGAGGGUUAUUGGAAAUCCAGGAACCAGCAGUAGGCACUGUUGAAGCUUUUCAUGAGAGUCCAAUUAAGGAAGAGAAGUAGAAUGUGCUGGGCAAGAAACCAAACCUAUAUAUAGUAUAUAGUUCCUUGCAAUGGUCUUCACACCCUUCACCAAUUCUCAUUCAUCUUAAUAACAAAUCCGGCAUGUGGCAUUUUAUUGUAAUUAUUUUUUAACCUGACAUUGUUUAAUGUGAAAAAAAAAGUCUAAAAACAUACUAUAUGUUGUUAGCAUUAGCACUACACUUAUAUUGUAAAGCUGCGUUUUGCAACAGCUUACUUAAGGAGUAAAUAUUUAAUAGGGAUCAUUAACCUCAGGGGGCACAAGUGCAAGAGGGCACCCCCUGAGUGCCAGAAGCUCAGUGAUGAGCACAAUGUCAGGAGGUGCAGCCCUGCCUAAAGUGGGCUCUCUCCAAAACAGAGCACAGAGGCCUGCAGCUACAUCUAGAAGCAACGUGCAAAGUGCAAUAAAAUGACACAUUGUUGCCUUUUUUGCACUUUGCACCCUACAUCUGGGUUCCCAAAUGAGCUAUGUCUAUGCAAUAUGUGCAGUUACACUGGCAACAUCACAAAAACACCAUUUCCAUAGUAUAGUGGUAUACUUGCUAUCACUAACGCUGUAACCAUGAUGGUGACAUAUUGUCAUGAGGCUACUUUUCCUGAUAUAUUUUAUUACAUUUAUCUUCUAUUUUUAUGUCAGUGUGGGAUUUGUUAUUCAGUAAAAUUAGAAAAUUGGUCUGGGGGAGGUCUCUAUAGUUUUGCGGUUAUUUGAACGCUGCACUCUACUAAGGGACUGAAGUAUCUAAUGUAGCUUGACUGUUUUAUUCCUAACUGUGAAGCACAUUCUCAACCCAGUACUCAGAGCAGAUCUGUACAGCUAGGAGAAACUGUGUUUUGCAGAAAUAUGCAAAAGGACUAUUGCCUAAACAGUCUACUCAUUUUUAACAAAAAGUAUGCGUGGAAAGUGCCAGUGUAAAAUACUUCUUAUUUAGGAAAUUCGCCCACUUGAGCUACAUGUACCUACUUUGUGAGAAUCAUUGACUGUAAAUAAAUUCAUGGAAAAACACAUGAAGGAAGACAAUGGAUUUUGACAAAGAGCCAGUUGGUGGAGAGACAAUAAAUAGAAAUCAAAAACAAUAUUCUUUAUAGUGAAAAAGAAGAUUUGACCCAGAAAACAACUUAUGCUUGUUAUGGUACUGAGGUGCUCAAUUCCCAAUGGAAAAGGAUCUCUUUUUAAACACUCAGUUUGCAUAAUUAUUGUUGCUUUCAAAUCAGUCAGUUUAUAUAAUAAAUUCACCUAAAUGUCUUUUGUUAGUAGGGUUGCCAUAUUUUCUAGAGAAAAAUAAUGGCCUUCCUAUAUUUGUAUCUUUCUUCCCUAUUAAUAACAUUGGUUUAAAGCAUCAUUUUUAAUGGCCAGGCUGGUAAAACACCUGCCAGGUGACUACACUAUCUGUUAGGGAGAAGCCUGUUUUAACUUUAUAUUUUUACUGUAAUAUCACACCAUUACAUUGCUAUAGUUUUUCUCCCAUAUUAACAACUGUAUGCACUGUAUCACUUUCAUUUUUUCCCAUUCCUUUAUACAGGUAUGGGAUCCGUUAUCAGGAAACCCAUUAUCCAGAAAGCUCUGAAUUACGGGAAGGCUGUCUCACAUCUAAACAAUCCAGAUUUUUAAAAAUGAUUUCCUUUUUAUCUGCUAUGUUAAAACAGCACCCUGUAUUUGAUCUACACUUCUAAUUAUUGGAGACAAAACCAGCCUAUUUAAUUAUUUUUAUUUAAUGCUUAAAUGAUUUUCUAGUAGACAUAAGGUAUUAUUAUUCAAUCAAUCCCAAGCCCCAAGCAUUCUGGAUAACAGGUCCCAUACCUGUACUUCAGUGUAAAUAGUAGCAAUUUAAUCACCCAACCUUGUACACAAUGUAAUAGGGAAACAUGCCACCAGGUUGUUCCAACUGGAACAAGUUAUUUUUUGAAAAACCACUCCAUGUUUUGACCUGCAAGGACCCUUUAUUAGUGGGCUAAGGUCCUUUGCAUUGAGCUGUGGUAGAAAAAAACAAAACUUUGAGACUGUAGCUUACUGCUAAAAUAUCAUGGGUUUUAAUACAUUAAAUGUGAGAUAAACCAAUUCCAUGUUUUGUAUCGCAUAAUAAAUUCUGCAUUUUCUAGAGUUUCUUGUUUAUUUUUUUUUUUUAUUACAAAACUUCAGGGUUAUAGAUAAAAAAUAUAUAUGUUUAUUCCAUA